AUGAAUAGUAAUAGAAAAACGCCAGUGAAAAAUACUUCAGUUUUCGGUUGCGGUGACAUGAAGCGGAGCCCUUCUGAAAUGUUUCUCCAUGAGCUUUUUGCUUCAGAAUAUGAGAAGAAAAUUCAACAGAAAGCUGAGAUUUUUUGUGGCUCUGAUGAUGAUUUCUUUAAUGUGGACGAUGCAGGAUUUUUCUUUCCAUUCAAAAAUCAGGAAACGCCUUUGUCAAGUUGUAGCUCAUUUGCAGAUAAUCAAUAUUUGCCUGGGAAUUUCACUGCUGAGCAGCCUAACAUAUCGACAACAAUGGAUUCACUAUCAUCAAUAAGUGGCGUGCGCAACCUCACGAGAUUUCAACAAAUCCACGAUUCCAUUAAUAGUCCCUCAUCUGCUACUAAGUCUAAUGGCCGGGAUAAUCUACCAGCCGGAGCUAGCAGGGGUUCCUCGCAAGAUCAAUCGGAUGAAGAUGACCUAGAGUUUGAAGCUGGUUCUUGCGAACAUAGCAAAGAUCAUGUCGAUAUGAAACGCAACAGAAGGAAAAUUUUAAACAGGGAGUCUGCUCGUCGCUCAAGGAAAAGAAAACAAGCAUAUUUAGCAGAACUUAAUCGAGAGGUCGAGAAACUAAAUGUUGAACACGACACUUUCUCCACACAGCUUGCAUAUGCUACUCAGAAAUUCAAAGAUGCUGCAACAAAUAAUCGAGUGCUUAAAUCAGAUGUUGAAGCUUUAAGAGCCAAGGUGAAACUGGCGGAAGACAUGGUGGCUCGAGGCUCAUUGACUUCAAGUUUGAGCCACCUUCUUCAAAAUUAUUUAGACACUCCCCAAACAUUUAUGAACAGUAACAUGAUCCGGAUGGAUAACGUGUCACCAACAAUUACCUACGAUAAUACUCUAUAUCCUGGUUUAACAAGUUCAGCCAUUGGACAUGAAAAUGCUGAGACCUUUAAUGGCAGUGCAAGCAAUGCAGUUUUGAGUGAUGCUGUGAGCGAAUACGGAAUUGGAGAGCAGCAAACGGGAAUGCUUGGCGUAAAAUCUGAUAUAUGCUCCCCGGGAAUCAUAUUCUUGCAGCCUCUUACGGGCAAGCCACCAAUGGUUCUGACUCAUCACGUUGAAAGGGCUAUUGACAAAGGAACCUUCCCUGAUAUGCUGGAUCCUGCUGUAACUGAUUGGCCCUUUGAAGAGGCUCUAAGCUUUGCCUAA